AUGGGUUUGGGGCCUUAUACUGUGUAUUUUGAUGCUUUGUGCAUUGGGCUUGGUGCAAUUUUGAUGCAAGAUAGUAGGAUGAUUGCCUACGCAUCUUAUCAGUUGAAUACCCAUGAGAAGAACUAUCAUGUGCAUGAUUUGGAGUUGGCAUCUAUUGUGCACACGCUCAAUAUUUGGGGAGCACUAAUUGUACGGCGUGUUAUGGGUGUCACUAAGAAGUAUAGUGAUUUGAAGCAACAUUACUUGUGGCGGAAGAUGGAGAAAGACAUUAUUGGUCAUGUUUCACAGUGCUUGAAUUGCCAGCAGGUCAAGUAUCAGAAAUUGGGUGGGUUGACUCAGAGAUUAACCAAAUCUGUGCAUUUCAUUCCGGUCAUAACUUCUUACACUUCAGAGAGAAAACCAAGUAUAACAUGGUCCGUCCACAGGCCAGAUAUGAUUUUCGGAUUUUCACCUCAUAGCACAUUGAACAUUGUUGGAACGCUUUGCGUGUACACAACAAUAUGCAAAUACGAAGGCAUUCCACUUAAGUUUCCAGGGACAAAAGCCCGUUGGGAUAGUUACUCUAAUGCAUCAGAUGCUGAUUUGGUGGCAGAGCAUGAAAUUUGGGCAGCACUCUGCCCCCGGGCGCAGAACAAAGCAUUCAACAUUACCAAUGGCGAUGUGUUCAAAUGGAAGCAUUUGUGGAAGGUGUUGGCUGAACAGAUCGGAGUAGAAUAUGUAGGAUUCGAUGAGACGGAGAAACGGAUUUGCUUGGCCGAGAUGAUGAAGGAUAAGGGGCAUGUGUGGGAUAAGAUUGUGAGAGACAAUAACUUGGUUUCCACCACGUUAGAAGAGGUUGGCUUGUGGCAAUUUGCUGAUAUGAUACUGGCUGGAGGAAGUAAUAGGUUGAGCAGCAUAAAUCGCAGCAAAGAGCAUGGUUUUAUGGGCUUCAGGAAUUCCACCAAUUCCUUCAUUUUCUGGAUACAAAAGGCAAAAGAUAAUAGAUUAAUUCCUUGAACAUUGUAUCUUCACUUCUGCAUUUAAUAAGGUUAUCUUACCUUGUUAGUUAAUUUAUUUAGGGAAAAUCUUUGUAAUUAGAAUAGGGGUGGCCGGUAUACAUACCACUUCAAUUCUUUGUUUACUUCAACCCCUCUACCGGCCGCUCCCACGUCAGUGUUUACAUUUCAAAGUCCACGAAAUGA